UGUGUCUGGUGGCAGCUCUCUGAUGGCUCGUACAAAGCAGACGGCGCGCAAGUCGACGGGCGGGAAGGCGCCCCGCAAGCAGCUGGCCACCAAGGCGGCCCGCAAGAGCGCGCCGGCCACGGGCGGCGUGAAGAAGCCGCACCGGUACCGGCCCGGCACGGUGGCGCUGCGCGAGAUCCGGCGCUACCAGAAGUCGACGGAGCUGCUGAUCCGCAAGCUGCCCUUCCAGCGGCUGGUGCGCGAGAUCGCGCAGGACUUCAAGACCGACCUGCGCUUCCAGAGCUCGGCCGUGAUGGCGCUGCAGGAGGCGAGCGAGGCCUACCUGGUGGGGCUGUUCGAGGACACCAACCUGUGCGCCAUCCACGCCAAGCGCGUCACCAUCAUGCCCAAGGACAUCCAGCUGGCCCGGCGCAUCCGCGGCGAGCGCGCCUGAGCUUCCUGCCGCAGGUUCACCCUCUGUCAUCCUGAGCUUAGUUUCCGCACCCUAAAGGCUCUUAUAAGAGCCACCACAUUGCACAAGAGAGCUGGAACACGGUCUUAACGCUUAUAGACAAGGCUUAAUCGUUCUCUUUUAAGGUAGUGUAAGCUUUUGAAUCAGUUGCUAGCACUCGUACGAUUUAAUUUGUUCCCUGUUCUGUGCCCUGCUGCUUUUUCUCGACACCAGUCAAAAGAUCUGUGCAAGAUCCUGCAGUUCAGUUCCUGCAGUGCCAGUCAAAAAUUCCUAAGCAGACACCUGAAACUGAUUGUUAGUAAUGUGUUUUUUUGUCUUUUUUAUUUUUUUUUUUUCCGGGAGGGUGUUUGAUUUUGUGUUAUGUUUGGUUGUUUGUUAGUGGUGUGUGUGUGUGGGGGGGUUGUUUAUUUUUGUUUGCUUUGGUUUUUGUGGGUUUUUUGUUUCUUGUUGUGAGUGGCUUGGAAAUGCAUAUUCCACUGUAGAGAAUUAACCGCAUAAAUCCAAAAAGUGAGCUCAGAUAAUGAAAAUGAGUACUCUGUUUAAUAAAGUGGGCAAAGGUUAUUAACAUGGAAAAACCUGAUUAUGACACAAAUCCUACAAUUAUUCCCUGUGCACAUCCCCAGACUUGGUGCUUCCUUUAAUACACUUCAUUUGUAAUAGCUUUUAUGACGCAGUGUAAGUUUUUAUUUUUAAGCACUGUGGAAGGCAUAACCUCACUUAGUAUUUGAAGAUAAGCUUCCAAUGGCUUUUUAUGAAGGAAAAAUUGUUGGAAGUAUAAUCAUUGCUUUUACUGUUAUGUACUCUAAAAGUCCUAACACUGUACUAGAUACCUGACAGUCCUACUUCUCUACCAUAUGGAUAAAGCAAAUUUGCUAAGAUGAUAAGCCUGGUGCAAGGAAUAAAAAUAGGAAAUUCAAUUAAUUAGCCUAUUUUUAAUUUAUAUUCUUAAUUUUAUUUGGUUUUAGAACCUGUUGGAUGUUUUUGGGGAAGUUUCACCCCCCCACACCUCCUCCCAUUUUCCAAAUAAAUGGAGAGCACCAGCUCAGGAUAAAGUUUCGUGGC